AAUGUUUCAACUGACCACCUUGAUUAGCAUUUAAUGGCUUGGCAGUGCCUGGGGGAAUCUUUCUUUGAGAGGUGAUUUGAUGUGCCUGGUUGUUUACUCUCUGUUGUGUUGCUGUUGUAAUUUUUGAGUUUUUUAAUACUGGUAGCCAGAUUUUGUUCAUUUUCAUGGUUUCUUCCUUUCUGAUGAAAUUGUCCACAUGCUUGUGGAUUUCAAUGGCUUCUAAAAGUUGUUCAAAACUAUGUCAUUAUAAAUUCUAUGUAACACUUCAUAUCUCUACUUAUUCUGCAGUUGAAAAAUUAGGCCUGUCAAUUGAAGCACUGGAGAUUUUCAAUUCAACAGAAGGAAAGAUCCUAGCGGGGUUUUGGACCUUACAGAAACGUCUGUCUGUCAGGCCUUGAUAACAGAGGAAGGGGCAGAGGUAGCAGGUCAAACAGAAAAACAUGGUGAACAUCUCAGAGAUGGCCUGCUAUGACAAGAGGCAGAGACGUACAGGGCCCGAACAGCUGAAUGACCUCGUGGUGGCACCACUGCAUUCUAGAGUGAACGGCUGGUCUUCCCCUCUCCACUCAUUCCAGCUCCUCACCCUGAUGCUGUAUUCAUACUUGGCGAUAGUGAGCUUCGGUAUCUACAUACCUCUUCUCCCAAAUGAAUGGAAGCGCGUUGCCUAUAUUGUGAUCGGCAUAAUUUUUGUGCAUCACUUAAUCGCUCACCUUAUUGCAGUUACUAUUGAUCCAGCAGAUGAAAACAUACUGGCUAAGAAGAAUUAUGACAAACCUAUGCCACUUUUUGACAGAAGCAAAUUUAAACAUGUUAUUCAGAAUCAGCACUGCUAUCUCUGUGAAGUUGACGUUGGACCCAAAACUAAACACUGUAGUACCUGCAAUAAAUGUAUUGCAGACUUCGACCACCAUUGCAAUUGGCUUAAUAACUGUGUUGGAAGCAGAAAUUAUUGGUUUUUCUUCAAUGCUGUUGUAUCUGCUACUGUUGGGAUCCUUUUACUGAUUUUGAUGAUGCUAUAUGUCUUCAUCCAGUAUUUUGUGAAUCCGGCACAACUCCGCACAUCGCCUCAGUUUGAAAGUGUCCGUGGAAAUGACACUUGGUUGGUAUUUCUUCCUCUCGCCCCAGUAGAAACAACAGCAGUUGCAAUUUUGGCUUUAGCAACAUUAAGUGUGGUUCUGGGAUCUGCAUCUUUCCUCCUUGUUGGACAUUUACUUGCGUUUCAUCUCUAUCUCUUGAGCAAGAAGAUGAAUACAUAUGAAUACAUGACUCAGCAUCGAUCUAAACAGCAUACGAUACGUCAGGAACCGAACACAGAGACAACAUCAGACCAAACAUGCAGAAUGGAACCAUUACAGGAGUUACCUGAAGUAAGACAACCAGAUAGCAUUGAACCUUCCUCCAUAUCAGAAUCACUUCCUGUCUGACUUUAAUUACCAGGAAGGGCAUCAGGAAUGGCCAUCUCCUCUGGAUAUUAUUUCCCAUAUGUAACAUUUCCAGAAGAAAUGUGCAGUGGACAAUACUAAUUUCUACAGAAAGAUUACAGGAUGUACUUGAUCAACGAAGUUAAAAGGAAAAAUUGCAAAUCAGUUGCAACUAUGUACUGGUUGAGUCCAAAUUGGGCUCUGAAAUUGGCUUUCCACCUUUUAAUACUUCAGACAUUAAGAUGGUGCUAUUUCUAUAGAAGGCUGUUCAUAGUCGAAAGUUACAUGUAAAGAACAUUUUGGUAAUGUUCAAUGUUGUACUCCAGGACUAUGUCUGAUCAAAUCUGGACACUGACAUUUUAUGUGGUGUUACACUUAAGGAUGUCCUUUUCAGUAACAGGCCAUAUCUAUCUGAUACCAAAUGGUUGGAAGAGAGCAGUUGAGUAAGAAUUGUCAGGAGCAUGCCUGCAUCAUCCUAAUAAUUUGACAUUUCAAAGACAACAUUGGUUUCCAGCAACAAAUAACUACCCAACCCUGCCUCUGUUUAUAUGGAAUAACUGUCUUUUCAUCUUGUUGUACUUCAAGUAGGAAUAAUGUCAACUGAAGAAUCUGCAGAUAUAUGUGGAUGGCCAUGCACAGAUUAUUCUUUUUAUAUAAAACCAGUAACAGCUAGAGCUGCAAAGGAGUCCGAUGGUAAACGGAAUCUUCCUCUUCUCACAGGGAAACAGUCAAAUGGCCGGAAAAUAUGUAGGAGAAGAUAAUGGGUUUUUUGGAGAGUUCCUGAAAGGGAACCAUUUUGAGCUUACCAGUGAGGGGAACCCGUUUGAGAAGAAGAGGAUUAUCUGAUUUUCCAAAAAUGCGUUUGCUUCAAACCUUCCUGCAAAAAGACCUGCGUCAUAAAAUGUCGGCUGGAAAGCUAAUCACUAUCCCAAAAAUUAGUUUUGGAAGAAAAUGUAUAAGUGACCUCUUAUGAAAUGGUUUCUGACAAAUAAAUUUUAUGAUUUUGUUGCAUCUGAGGGAGCCUUUUAACAAAGUGACUGAAACAAAAUGUAGGAUUCUGUAUGUCCUGUUCUUAUAUAUAAAACUGGGACUUAUUUAUUUGCACAGAAGGAUACUUUUGAUUUACACGUUUUAUUGGAGAGGGUUCUUUUUUCUUAAGACAAAGAGGUUUUGUAGGUAAUAACAUUACAAAAGGAAAUGCACUCAUUUUGUAAUCUUCGUACUUUUAAUAUGAAUUAUUUAAAA